AUGUCGUCAACCACCACAAAGUCAGAAACCAUGCUAGCCAAGGCACCAGCUCUACCCCCCAGAAGCGCUCUGAGAGCCUCACGCCUGCUGGCCACCAUGCCUCAGAAGCUUUCACAACACCGACCUGUCCUCACUCACGCCGCCCCGCAUCUUCUGUACCUCUCUUCAGAAGAGGACGUUUCCUCCUCCGCCGACGACUUCUCCGAUUGCGACUACAGCUCCGAUAGCGAGCACACACAAGAGGUGCAAGAGCAGCCAUCAACUUGCCAGGACAUUGCCCGGAUAGUCUCCGUUGUCUUUUCAGGAAAGCCUUGCAUUGUCCAGCUUUCUCGAAGAUCGAGAUCACAGACGUCGUGUUCGGAUCGCCCUGCUACCGAGCUUACAAGGAUAUCAACCGAGCCUGUGUUUAGCAGACGAAAGGAGUCUGUCUCGUCUACAUCAUCGGCCAAAGUCGCAUUCCAGCACCCUCCACGCUCAAGCAGCAUCAUGUCCCCAGUUACCUUUGACAGAGACUCAAAUUCGUUCCUCAACGUGGACCCCUUUGCAUCAAAAUCAGAAGCGGAAGAACCUGAGCAGCCCGAGCCCCAGCUCCGAAAGACGGCGGCAAUGUUCAAGAGGACGCUCAGCCUGGUCAGAAAGCGUAGCAGGCCCAAUCUGAACCCCUCGGCUUCGCGUUCUCGAGAAGCACUUUCAAUACAGACGGGUCCUAUGGAGCAGCUUAGCGAGGAAAAGGAGGAGAACCACACCAGCACCCCGCGCAUCUCGACACCACAGCCAGCUCUGCCCUCCUACCCAGGAGCCAUGGCUCCAAGGAGAGCGAGCAGCUACUCAGCCGCCACGCUGUCGCCGGCUAGCGACGUAUCGUCACCCCUGUCACCGACAAAACGGAUUCGCCAGGGCUUCUUGACUCGGCGACGAAGCAUCAGAGUAUGA